CUUUUGUGCGUGUCUCAGGGCCUGUAUUUGGAAAAAUGGCUACAUUCGACCGAGGGAGCCGGACACGUGAGGAAGUAGUGACGCCGCCACUGCCUCCACAGGCUGCUUCAGGCUCUCCAAUGGCCAUGGCUGUGGAUUUUAAAACUUAUGUAGAUCAGGCAUGUAGAGCUGCUGAGGAAUUUGUCAAUAUUUACUAUGAGACAAUGGACAAAAGAAGGCGGGCACUGACCCGGCUGUAUCUGGACAAGGCCACUUUAAUAUGGAAUGGAAAUGUUGUUACAGGGCUGGAUGCCUUAACUAAUUUUUUUGAGGUGUUGCCUUCUAGUGAAUUCCAGGUUAAUAUGUUAGAUUGCCAACCAGUUCAUGAGCAAGCUACUCAGGCGCAGACUACAGUUCUUGUUGUGACCAGUGGAACUGUGAAGUUUGAUGGAAACAGACAGCACUUCUUCAAUCAGAACUUCCUGCUGACUGCUCAGACUUCUCCUAACAACACUGUUUGGAAGAUUGCAAGUGAUUGCUUCCGUUUUCAAGACUGGGCUAGUACCUAAAGGGGGCAAAAAUCCAUUCUCUUUUGGUCCAUUAGUUUCAGCAACACAGUUUUUGUGAAUUAAUUCAUUUCAUUGUGGUUUUAAUUUCUAGCAGCACUUUUCCUAGCAGCUGCCAGUUUGGGUUAUUGCCCUUAAGAGCUUUAAUGCUAGUUUUUUUUACAUGCCUUACAUACAUUUCACUAAGGACAUUCUAAUAGUAAUAAUUAAAAACACAUGAUCUCUGAACUAACAUACUGUGAGCCCUGACUAUCGCAAAAAUGAAAUCCUUUUAUAAUACUAUCUAAAGGAUAUCAGCACAACAUAACUCUCUGGAAAGAAGUGGAGUAUUUUUUUUUGUUAGGUUAAUUUUGUAUUAGAACACAUACCUAUUUUCAGUAAACAAUGGUAAUACAGUUUUGUUAUAAGGCUUUUUCAAAUUAGUUCAAUGAAAAUAUUACUACUUUUGGUUUGCAUAACUACUCUGACAGAAUCACAGGGAGAGAUGUUCAGUGGUCUUUUUUCAUGUUACCUAAUGUUUUUUAUGUUGGCGUGUUCUUAUGAAGUGAAUUAAUCUACUAGAGAGGUAUAACACGUUCUUAGUUGAUACCUGAAUAUUGGAUAUACUCAGUGACUUAAAAGCAAAACAUGUUAAAAAGAUUUUUCCUUGGCAGCUCCAGGUUUAUAAUUUUAGGUGAUGAAUGGCAGUGGGACUAAUAGCUUUAAUGGGAGAAUAGAGAGUGAGAAGUAUAGAGAUACAAGGUUGGCCAAAAGUUAGGAGGGGUGGCCAAAUGGUAAGUUUUUGGUAUUUGUUUUCUACCUCCUAAAAAUGUAGCCUAUUUUUAGGGUUUAAGUCAUUAAGGUAAUAAGUUCAUUGCCAAAUGGUCAUGAGUGUCACUUUUGUUCUAAAGAUUAUUUUUAAAGGUUUUUCCAAGUUCACCUCAUACUUAUCACCAGUAUAUGUCUCAAUUUAUUCAAGAACAUACGGGGGUAAAAUGUCAGCAAUAAACCUGACCCUGCAGCAGGGUCUGACAGGAAAGUUGGAAACAAAGCCAUUGCUCUCUUAACUUCAAAGUCUUCCAUGUGAACUUCAGGCCAAAAAUCUCCUGUGUAUUAACCACCCCCAAAGUAAGUGAUUUCUUUCCUGUGUUUUACACUGUGAACAUUAUCUGUUUUACUCAUUAAAGUUCAAAUUUAUUUUAUUGUAUAAUUUGUUCUUUUAUAUGGCAUUGUGAGCAAAUAGAUUUGUUUUAAAACAUGUUCUAGUUGUGUGGUUAAGUCUGUCUUUUAAACAAAAUAAAGAGCAACGGAUCUUCAUUAGCCCAUAAACUUCAAAAGAACAAAUUGAUUCAUUUUGUCUCAACAUCUAAAGAGAAAAAAAUACAGCUUUGGUUUUUUGUUAAACUUUAAAUUUUUUUUUCAUUCUUGAAUUUAUUGAUUUAAUGUUUUUAAGCUAGAUGUGCCAGCUUUGUUUGUACUUGCAACUCAAAGUUAAUGUUUCUUAUCACUUCAUUUGAAAACCAGUAAUUCAUACUCCCCCCAAACAACACAUUAUAUUUCUGAUAUAUCAACAAAAUAGAAUUAAAUAGAAGGAGGUGAAAUUGAAAUUUAGGCCACUCCUUUUUAAAGUACUAAUCAAAAUAUAUACUUUAUUAAAAAUUAACUUACUUGGAUUUUGGGUUGGUUUUUUAAAAACCACAGCUUUAACAGCAACAAGCAGAGUGCCCAAGCACUACUCUUUCCUUUGUGGAGAGCAUUCUCAAGUAAAAGCUGCAUAAAACUAGCAAUAAGUAAAUUGAGUGGUUGUAUACUAUUCAUGAGCUGAAUGUUUUAAGACUUGUGUAUGAACUGUUUUCCAAAUUCUGUAUAACUUUUAAAUGGCUGGAACUACUCUUAUAUGGACUAGACUGUAUUUUUGACAUGCACAUAUUUUUGUAACUUGAAAAAAAUAAAAUUUGUUAUGACAAGUUUUCUCAA